UCCUCUUUGGGAUGUUUUGUGUUGCUCUGGUGAACAUCUGAGCGUUUCUUCCUGUGGUUUUGUCUUCCUCUGGAUUACUCUUGGAAUGUUUAUUGUCUUCGUGAUAUUAGAUAAAAACAGUGAUCACAGUUCACACCUGCAGUGAAGCCCCUCCCACAACAAUUCACCAAUAAAUACUGGGAAUAUUCCCAUCAUCCUACAAGAGAAGGACAAACUCCAGGAGUAGCAGCUGAAAUCUGUGUGACUGUUAAAGAUGGAGUUUAUUAAAGAAGAGAUUGAAGACAUGAAUGAUCCAGAACCAUCCAGAAUAAAACAUGAAGAUACUGAGGAGCAAAUAGACCAGGUGAGAGUGAAAGAGCAAAGACAAGAACUGAUUGAAGAGGAGGAGGAACAUCGUAACUUUACAAUUCAAAGAAUAAAAGCCGAAAAGACGCACACCUGCAUUUUCACAGAGAAAGGACACCUUAACACACACAUGAGAAUUCACACUGGACAGAAACUAUAUACAUGCAAUCAAUGUGGAAAGAGUUUCAGAAAUACAUCAGGUCUCAGUGUUCAUCUGCGCAUUCACUCUGGAGAGAAACCGUAUACAUGCACGCAGUGUGGAAAGAGUUUCAUACAUAAAGGACACCUUAACACACACAUGAGAAUUCACACUGGAGAGAAACCGUAUACAUGCAAUCAGUGUGGAAGGAGUUUUUCUCAAUCAUCAACUCUCAGUGUUCAUCUGCUCCGUCACUCCGGAGAAAAGCCAUUUUACUGUGAUCAGUGUGACAAAGAUUUUGUUUCAUCAUCAAAUCUAAAAUCACACCUAAAAGUUCAUUCAGAUGAGAAGCCUUAUGUGUGUUCUCUCUGUGGAAAGAGUUUUUCAAGGCUGUACAGUUUUAAACUGCACCAGAAAACACACAAUGAAGUGAGAGAUUAUGUGUGCUUUGACUGUGGGAAGAGCUUUACUACAUCUGGUGAACUGAAACUGCAUCAAAGGAUUCAUACUGGAGAAAAACCUUACAAGUGCUCAUAUUGUGACAAGAGUUUUACUCGGUCUGCACACCAGAAAUCACACGAGCGAGUUCACACUGGAGAGAAGCCGAACGAUUACACCGAUCAAGUAAUCUAGUAACUCAUAUGAGAAAGCAUUGUUCUGUGUCACUGUGAGCUGUGUUAGAUUCACAUUAAGUAAAUGUGUAGUUAGUUAACUAAUAAACUAGUGUUGCUGUGAAAUGCCACAAGA